AAGAUGAAUUGCAGCAGUGGAGGUGAAUUUGAUACCUUUGCACUUCACACACUUAUUGACACACGAAAAUACAGAGGGGGAAAUUUUGAUUUUAUAAAUAACCCUCAGGUAAGUGUGUGUGUUUGGAACGUGUACUUAUUUUCCAUCGGCUCUGGGAUGCAAAGUAAUUUUCAUAUUUAACCAUUUAUUCAUAUGACAUCAUGGAUGAUAUUUCUGGAUGAUAUAUUUUUUGGUCAUACUUUCAGUAGCUUACCUGCAUGCCGACGCACCUGAAUGCAAUUGUAUGUUUGUUUGCAUUACUAGCUGCCGUGGGGGUGUGUGUGUGUGUGUGUGUGUGUGUGUGCGGGGUGGGGGGGUAGAAGCCACACCUCCCGGUAUAAGCUAUAAGAGGCUGCGUCAGCACUGUUGAUACUCUCACUCUGUAUCCUGGAACGCUCCUCAGCUGUCAACGUUACCAAACAGGCCCUUUAUGGACAGAGAGGAAAGUCUCUGUUUACAGCUUUAAAUUCUUGCUUUGUUUUCAUCUAACCGGUCAGCAUGGCUGAAGCUGUGAUGCCUGCCAUAGCAUCGUUUCCAAGUGUCCAAGCGAUGGAAGGAAAACAGUUCCACAAUAUGUGCAAGAUGGAUGAGUGUGCGCGGAGAGGCGCUGUAGGUGGCGCAGACAACCCGCUCAUCGAAGUGGAGUUCAGCAUCGUGCAGUCUCCUGCUUUACCUCCCAAAGACGACGACGAGCUGGCGAAAUUCUUGGACCUCGAGUUCAUUUUGUCAAACACCGUCGGCUCCGACGACAACGGGAGCAUUUCCCCGCAGCAGCAGUGCGCGUAUUCCCUUCCGGAGUCACCGCAGAGCUGCAGCGGUAGUUCUGUGCCAGACUGCAGCGACCACCCUCCUCCUCCUCCUCCUCCUCCUCACCUGGCCGCACAGAGCUACCACGGCACCGUGAGCUUCGUCGGCUCGGGCCCAGUCUGCAGUCUCAUGGCGGAGCUUCUCACGCCAGAGAUGAGCUACCCGGGGGAGAGUUCACCGGACAGCGCAGGCAAGGCGAGAGACGGGCGGGAGUAUACCGAACUGCGAGCGUUGAAUCCCGUCACCAUUUCCGCGAGUCCCGCUCAUCACCAAGUGGCCACAUCUCCUCCACCGCUUGGAUACAAAAUUAAAACCGAGCCUGUAGGUCAGUCUUGUAUGAUGGCUGCUGGUGGUGGGGACUUCAUGGGACAGAUGUAUGACAGACACCAGAUGAGCUCCGUGCACCCGGCAGCUUUUACGCACCACCAGGCUACAGUUCCAGGUGCGUUGCCAGGAUUCGGUGCGCACCCCAUGCAGCCCUCUGCACCUCAGGGACGCGCAGACUGCCAUUUGGCGCAAAUGAACUCUCAUCAUCCUAAUCAACACCAGCUCCAAAACCAGUACAUGACCGCGCCGUACCAGCAGCAGUACGCACACCAGAGUUUGUCACAGUUUCAAGGACAGUACAGCAUGCACAGAGAGCCUGUCCGCGUUCACCAGCAGCAUCAUCCGGCUUCUAUGCAGGGGCUGAUGCUCACCCCUCCCUCGUCGCCAUCGUUGCUGGAGCUUUACGCGCACGAUGAGGUGGGGAGCAUCAAACAGAAGCGAAGCCGCAGGUCGUGGGCCAGAAAACGCGCCGCGACGCACAGCUGCGAGUUCCCUGGUUGUGGGAAAACUUAUACCAAGAGCUCCCACCUCAAAGCCCACAUGAGAACACACACAGGUGAAAAGCCGUACCACUGUAACUGGGAAGGCUGCGGCUGGAAGUUCGCCAGGUCAGAUGAGCUGACCCGUCACUUCAGAAAGCACACUGGACACCGACCUUUUCAGUGUCACAUGUGUGAGCGUGCGUUUUCCCGUUCAGAUCACCUGGCUCUCCACAUGAAGAGGCACAUGUAGGCCACAUUAAACUUAUGGACACUUGUUGUAUCCAGAUCCAUCACGGGAUCAGCAUCCCAGAAGGCCGGAGCAUCCCAGAAGAAGCUGGGCCCUCACUAUUGGGCCCAAACCAAUGAAACAAAAAGUUCCUGCAGGGACCUUAGUAAUUGUGGGGUGCCUUGGUAGAGAGUUUAAAGCAACUCAGUCAUACUUCAUGGUAUUCGAUCCCCUGAGGUACCACAAAUGUACCUGUACAAACGUUUUUCAAAAGUCAAGUGCCUCUCCAUCAGAAAAAGAGAAUGAAUGCUGGUGGGUUUUGUACAUAUCUGUGGAUAUAUGAAUAACUUAUAGUAGUUUGUAUUUAAGACAUUUCCUCACUCUGCCUUUGAAAUAAGUUAUUGUUUGUUAGUGAGUGCCUUAACAAGACUGCAUAUUUGCUUCCCAAAGGAGAAAACUCACUGUGGGCAGGACCCAGAAUGUUGUUCAUAUGUAAAUUGUAUUUUUGUAAUGUUUACAUCUUAUAUCUUUGAUACUACUCAAAUCAGGUCAGGGUUUUCAUUGACAAUUUUUCAUUAUAUUUUCUCAAGGUUGUUGUUAAUCUACUCAAUAGAUGUUAUAGACUUGCUAAGCAUUGUAGGUUAGGCCUACAUUUCAGACUUUUUAUUUGUUCUGUGAAGGUUUGUUUGAGCAACGCUAACAAAUUCAGGUACUAAAACUGCUUUUCAGCUCCAUUUUCAGGAUCCCAAACAUCAAGUCAGUCCACCCCCACAUCACUCAAUUCAAAUGUUAUUUACAGCUCAGUGUUUUCUAGGGAUACAACUUGUACAAAUUAUUUUGUUAUGGAAGAUGUGUUUUUUUUAAGAAUGAAGAAACCCACUGCAAGCAAUGGUUGAACUGCUGUACUUGAAACAGAAUUGCCACUCAUAAUUUUUUCGAGAAUGCAAUUGUUUUUAUGUGCGUAAGGGCUCAGAAAAUAAAAGUACUUUUACAAAUA